AUGGCUGGCAUGGCAUUUGGAGCAGAAAAGGACCCGAAGGGAGCCAGUGAACUGUAUCCAUCUGGAGAAUUGAAUGGAAUGGGGCCUAAAUUACAAAUCCGACGAGUGACGAAGAGAGCUUUAGAUCCAAGAAGGAACCUGCGAUUGAGAACCGAAAAGAAAAGAAACAAAAGGAGUGGAGAUGACAGGAUCAGUGAAUUACGAGAUGACAUACUCCGCCAUAUACUCUCUUUUCUGGUCACCUUAGAUUGUGUCCGGACCACCGUUUUGGCUAAGAGAUGGAACAACUUGUGGACUGGUUGUGUUAUCAACCUUGAAUUCUACGCGGGCAAUUUCCGUUCCCCAUGGUCAUGGUAUGAUAAAAACCCUAGCAAAUUCAUCAGGUCGCCGUCGAGGCUAAUGUUGUUGAGCUCGAUGUUUCUUUUCGAGUGGAUUGUGAUAAUGAGGAUUGUUAAUGUGAAGCCUCUUUUAAAACAUGUUUUUAGUAAUCUGAUCAAGCUAAAGCUUGUUCUCUGUGAUAAAUUUUGCUGGGGCUGGUUAAAUAAGAUGCUUGAGAAAUCGCCUAAUCUAGAAUCUCUUGUAUUAGAGUUUGCAUACCGUUCAUCGGGUUGGCUAUGGGAUGAUCACUUCUAUCCACCAGAGUCUGUGCCUACUUGUUUGACUUCACAGCUCAAGACUAUCUUCUUAAAGCGAUUCAGCGAAGAACCGGAUGAGAUUAAGGUGGUAAAGUAUUUGCUAUAUUGUGGUGAAGUUCUAAACAAACUGUUAAUUCCAGUACUUGUGAAUUUGUGA